UCUCUCGCUCUUUCUCUCUCGCUCGCUCUCUCUCGGUUCCCCCCUCCUCCCCCAGCCCUCCCUUCCCACGCCCCAGUGCGCUGUGGGAUAGUGGCACUAUAAAGUAUAUCCUCUCUCGGAGAAAGAUAAGAAGCCCGAGACAGGAGGGGGAUGAAGAUGGCGGACGCCAAGCAGAAGAGGAAUGAGCAGUUAAAGCGGUGGCUGGGCUCGGAAACGGACCAGGAGCCUCCUGUUCUGAAAAAGAAGAAGACGAAGGUGAAGUUCGACGAUGGCGCCGUGUUUCUGGCCGCCUGCUCAAGCGGCGAUACCGAGGAGGUGCUCCGAAUGCUUGACCGGGGCGCUGACAUCAACUACGCCAAUGUGGACGGUCUCACCGCCCUCCACCAGGCAUGCAUAGACGACAAUGUUGACAUGGUGACUUUCCUGGUGGAGCAUGGAGCCGGCAUCAACCAGCCGGACAAUGAGGGCUGGAUCCCCCUACACGCUGCAGCCUCCUGCGGAUACCUAGACAUAGCAGAGUAUCUCAUCGCCCAGGGUGCCAGUGUUGGAGUUGUGAACAGUGAAGGUGAGACGCCUCUGGACAUCGCUGAAGAGGAGGCGAUGGAGGAGCUCCUUCAGAAUGAGAUCAACAGACAAGGGGUGGACAUCGAGGCGGCCCGGAAGGAGGAGGAGCGGAUCAUGCUGCGGGACGCCCGGCAGUGGCUCAACAGCGGCGAGAUCCAGGACAGCCGGCACACCAAGUCCGGCGGGACGGCGCUCCACGUCGCUGCCGCGAAAGGAUACGUCGAGGUUUUAAAGCUUUUAAUCCAAACAGGGUAUGAUGUAAAUAUUAAGGACUUCGAUGGCUGGACUCCUCUACAUGCAGCCUCACACUGGGGCAAAGAGGAGGCCUGUAAGAUACUGGUGGAGAGUCUAUGCGACAUGGACCUCAUCAACAAAAUGGGCCAGACAGCUUUUGAUGUAGCAGACGAAGAUGUUCUUGGAAACUUGGAAGAACUACAAAAGAAACAAAAUCUGCUGAUCGGUGACAAGAAAGAAGUUAAGAAAUCUCCUUUGAUUGAAACGACAACCACCGGGGACAACAACCAAUCUCUGAAACCAGUCAAGAGCAAAGAAACUCUGCUUCUCGAGCCGGAGAAGAUCGCCCCACGCAUCGAGACCUUGGAGCCGGAGAAGGUGGAUGAAGGCGAGGAGGGCAAGAAGGACGAAUCGAGCUGCUCCAGUGAGGACGAGGACGACGAAGAUUCAGAGUCGGAGACUGAAGCAGACAAGAGCAAGCCUUCAGCAUCGGUGAGCAACAGCACGACGCCCGCCCCGAACAGCAACACCGCGUCACCUCCAACUAGCCCAACCAACCAGGUGACAACCCCCACUUCACCGGUAAAGAAGCCCACUCAGCCUGCUGGAAAGGUCUCGACUAAAGUGGAGGAGGAGAGGAAGGACGAGUCUCCAGCGUCGUGGCGGCUGGGUUUGAGGAAGACGGGCAGCUACGGGGCGCUCGCAGAGAUCACCGCCACCAAGGAGGCUCAGCGGGAGAAGGACACGACCGGGGUGAUGCGCUCGGCCUCGAGCCCUCGCCUCUCCUCCUCUCUGGACAACAAAGACAAAGAGAAGGAGAAGGAUAAAGGAACUCGCCUCGCCUACGUGGCUCCCACCAUCCCCAGGAGACUCGCCAGCACUUCAGACAUUGACGAGAAGGAAAACAGGGACUCUACUGCUCUGAUACGUAGCGGCUCGUACACCCGGCGGCGCUGGGACGACGACCUGAAGAACAGCGAAGGAAGCGCCUCCACCAACCGAACCCCCAGCUACCAGCGCAGCACGUCCCACACGCUAGCACUAGGGCGGAGCGGCAGCACGCGGGACGUGCCAGCCAAGUCUUCGUCCACCUCCAGCUUGGACCCUAACACCUGUAAUACUAAACCCUGGCAGCCACCCUCCUCCCACUACCAGUCUUACAGCAUUUACCGCAGCGGCUCUUUUGGCAGAAGACCCGAGGACCUGAGUUCCUCGACCACCUCCUCCUCUACGCCCACCACCACCACCACCACCACCACCACCUCAUCUGUUACCUCGCCCACAGGCCACCGCGGCCUGCUCUCCAGCCUGGGCUCCUCCUCCGCUCGCACUGGCUCCACCAGUCUCACCAGCAGGUACUGGUCAGAGGAGAGUGCAGAGAGGGAAAAGGAGAAGGAGAAGGAGUCUGCUGCAGUCAUCCCCACUUUAAACACUGGCUCUACUACGACCAGCACGUCGACCACUACCACCUGCGCCAUAUCUACCACUACCACCACUGGCAUUGUCACUGGCUCUGAAAGACGCAGGUCAUACCUGACGCCAGUGCGAGACGAGGAGUCAGAGUCCCAAAGGAAAGCUCGCUCCAGACAGGCUCGACAGUCAAGGAGGUCCACCCAGGGUGUGACUCUGACUGACCUGCAAGAGGCCGAGAAAACAUUCGACAAGAGUCGUACCCCAAAGACCCGAGAGGAGGAGAAGGAGGAGAAAGAGAAGCAGGACAAGGAGAAGCAGCAGGAGGAGAAGAAGGAGAUGGAGGUCAAGGAAGACGAUUACCGAUCGAAGUACCGCAGCUUCGAAGAGCGCUACCGGCCUUCGUCUUCCUCCUCUACCUCCGCCAUUUCCUCAGUCAGCACUGCCUCCACCCCGUACACUAGCACCGCUUUGUCCUCCAGUUCCAGCUCCCUCAACAGGCCAAACAGCCUGACGGGGAUCACCUCCUCUUAUAGCCGCUCCUCCAGAGACACGGAAAAAGAAAUGGACAAAAAGGAGGAGGAGAAGGAGGGCGAGGACAAGUCUCAGCCUCGCUCCAUACGGGAUCGCAGGCGGCCCCGCGAGAAGAGGCGCUCCACUGGCGUCUCCUUCUGGACCCAAGAUGGGGACGAAAAUGACCCUGACCAGCUGUCGGACUCGGAGGAGGGUAGCGUCAAGGGAGAGCCACAGAGCGACAGAUUGUCCAGGAACGAUAGCACUUCAUCCUUAGAUCGCAACGACAUCCUCUUCACCCGCGGCUACGGGGAGAGUCGGAGGACGUACUCGAGCCGCCUGGACCGAGACGACACCACAGACUAUAAGAAGCUCUACGAGCAGAUCUUAGCUGAGAACGAGAAGUUGAAGGCCCAGUUACGCGACACAGACCUGGAGCUGGCAGACUUGAAGCUACAACUAGAGAAGGCCACACAGAGGCAGGAACGCUAUGCUGACCGAUCACAGCUUGAGAUGGAGAAAAGGGAAAGAAGAGCUCUAGAAAGGAAGAUUUCUGAGAUGGAGGAGGAACUUAAGAUGCUCCCAGACUUGAAAGCAGACAACCAGAGACUAAAGGACGAGAACGGAGCACUCAUCCGAGUCAUUAGCAAGCUUUCCAAGUAGAACCACCUCCCCACCCCGCCACCCCGCCUUCUGCACCCCCCCUACCCCCCUUGUCCCCCAUGGCAGUGACUAAUGGAAUUGCACAUUUAGAUAUUAAUUGCAACAGACAUCAGAGACAAGACUUUUUUUUCUUCUUUUAUCUCCUCUCAGCUCUUUACCUCCCUUUUGCUCCUCCACCACCACCAACACCACCACCACAGCAUCAUCCAUCCAUCCACCCACCCCUGCGCCACCUCUGACCAUCACCCACUAGAUUGUGUGGCUGCUGUCCCGAUAGAACCACUGAGUUUACAGAGCAAAAGGAGAAAGGGUUGUGUGAUCAGCAUGUAAAAGCAUUGUGGGCGGGGAAGCCUGAAAACUAUUUAACCAAUAAGCCUUAGUUGUACAUAAAGAGAAAACGAAAAAAAACACUUGCAGCGAUCUCUUCUCGUCUCUCUCGGCUAUCACUGAAGAACAGAUAUUAUCCAACACCUGAUUUUAUUUGUGCCACAAUCUCUUUUUUUCCUUCUUUUUGUGUGUUUCGCCUCCCUGUGUUAGUGUUGUGUGCUGUGCAGUUUCCUCCCUCCCGCUAAACCCCUCAAAGUGCCACUUCUACCCUGAUAUCAAAUCCUUGUGGCCCCUAAUUUCUCCAUUUAUCUCCCCCCGCCCCCCCACCACUCCCUCCCACACAUACACACACACACACCCACACACACACACCCUCUGUGUCUUCCUCCAAGAGGGAAUGUUUUUUUUGUUUUGAAAUCUCGCUUUAGCGAAACGAGGCGGACCUGGUGGAAUUUAAGCUUUCACUGUAUGUGCAAUAUGCAUUUCUUUUCUUUCUUUUUUUUUUUUAAAUGCUUUAAUGAGUCCAUCACAUGUAGGAUUUUUCACUCUUCCACCGCUUUCAUCGCUCACCUUCCUCUUCUUUUUUUUUUAAGUUUGUAGUGUAGUCAGUUUAUACUCUGUAUUUCUCACUUUGUUUUAGCAGGUACUGAGUGAUGCUGUAUAUACCUGUAUGUAUUUGUUUGAGACCAGCACAUGGCAUGCGUUUAUGGUUCCCGUCUGUUACUAUUAAAAGUAUACAAAUUCCAGAGGACAAAAAGGUGUGUUUUUAAUUAUUUUUUUCUGUUAUAGUCUAAAGACAUUGAAUUCAGUACAGUUGGAGCCUCUCUCUCCGAUACGGGACUGGCAUUCAGUGCUACCUUCUUCUUUAUUUUUUUUUCAUUUAUUUUUUUUUCAGUUUAAAAUAAGUGUUCACAUAAUUGUGAGAUAAAGAAAAUAAUGGCUUCACUACAUUUCACUUUCGUUGUGUUCAGUAACUUGGAACAGUGCUGUUAAAUUUGUUUCUCUUUUUUUAUUUUAUUUUUUUUAAAGCUGUAGUAUUAUAGCCAAGGUGUUAAAAAAAAAAUAAUAAUAUCUUAGGUAUCGCUAACCCAGUCCUUUUUACAAACGUCUACAUGCACUGUCAAUGCCAUGUGAGGAGUCUUUAUGUCAGGUUGAAGCAAAUCACCAACGUCAAAUAUUCCAUGCAUCUGAAAACAUGUUAUGCAUUUCAGUGGCCUUUUUAAGGAUAUUUUAGUAAAAGAAGUUACAAAAACAAAAGAAAAGUCACUGUAGAUGGCCUGAUGACGAUCUACUCUGGUUUAGACCUUUUUUUUGUUUUGUUUUUUCUUUAUUUUAUUUCCCGUCAUCUUGUAAAAUAGGUGUGUGGCUUAAUACAUGCAAGCUGUGCUGUGACUACCAACCACUGAAGAGUUCAUUAAAAAUAAACUUGUACAUUGUAAAGUU